AUGCCUCAACUACAGGAAUCGCGGCAAAAGUCAACAAACUACUUCUCUGCCCUCAGCUCACUCAUUGUCUCAUUGUACGACUGCUUCAAGUUCGGAUUCUCCAACAACCCAGCUAUCAUGCGGUCGGGAUCGCAAGACGAAACAGACGCAGACUAUCAUGACUGGCCCAUACUUAAUUCAGAAAAAUUUUGGAUCGACCACCAACCGUUUCUCCGUUCUCGGGGUUGUGAGCUGCGACCUCGGUAUCACCCUGGAUGGGUCCCCUCAUGGACGUUACGAGCAGCGGAUGAAGGAAUUCUUUACUUCGAAGACGCGUACACACUACCUUGGGGUAAACGUCUUGACGCUACCCGGCUCUCGGAUGGUCGCAAGGUUGUUUUAAGCGCACUAAUACCUGGACACCGGAGCUCCCCACCUUGCAAUUACUCGGUUAGGACUCCCAUUUACUAUCAUGCGAAGACAACGAUAUAUGCAUCGAUGGUGUGCAGAGCGACCGACGAGUUUGAUACUCCGGAGAAUGGAUUGAACGACACUAGUAAAGCAAAACCGUCAUCCACGCAACAAACUUUUCUGCUUCCUGUCAUUAUUCCUUCGGACUCUCCGAUGACGACGAAGCAAUUCCUGCGAUCGUCCGUACCGAUAACUUUGCGGCCAUUUCGUCUAGAAAAUAUCCGCUCUGACUUGUUCUCGAACUAG